UCUCACUCUGCCCCCGUCUCUUCUUCUACUAAAAACCCCCACAAAUAUCCACGUAUCCCUCUCGACCUCACGGGUAUAAAGGACACGGGUGAACCUUCUUCCAAGUCACACACAGCCGAAUCGGCGUAGCAGUCAACAUGAAUCCUCUUUUUGCUUGCGUGUUAAUUGGACUAGUAGGCCUAGCCUGCUCAGAAGCUCCAUUAUCAGGAUACAAUUACAACAGACCAAGUGGUGGUAGUGGUGGAUACUCAAGUGGCGGUGGAUACUCAAGUGGUGAUGGCUACUCCGGUGGUGGCGGCUACUCCGGCGGUGGCGGCUACUCCGGAGGUGGCGGCUACUCUGGCGGUGGAAGCGGCGGAUACCAACAAGUGUCCGUCGGCUCCCAAUCCAACGAAGGCGCCAACGUUGACGGUGCGCUCCUUGAGCAGAUCAGACAAAUCCUCUUGAAAGAAGAAGCCCAGGCCUCUCAAUCAGGCGGAUUCGGAGGCUCUGGCUACGCUCCAAACUCCAAAUACAGUGCUCCAAGCUCCAGUUACGGCGCUCCAAGCUCCAGUUACGGUGCCCCUAGCUCCAGCUACGGAGUACCUUCCUACAGCAGCCGCGUUGUCGGAAUCGAUCUCGAGGGCAUCAGACAAGCCAUCCAGGUAGCCCAAUUCAACCAAGUCAGCCAAGGAUCCUCCGGCGGAUUCGGCGGCUACCCCAGCGGACCCAGCCAGCCAUCAGGAAGCUACGGAGCCCCUAGCAGGCCCAGCGGCAGCUACGGCGCUCCUUUCUAAAUCAAAUAAUAUUAAUUAUUGAUAAAUCCGACAAUCCAGCCAUGGACGCGGGCGUUCUCCAUUUUUUAAGUAUUAUUAAUUAAAUAUUUAAUGAAAAAUCGUAGUUUCAUUAAAUAUUU